CGGCUUUUUUCACUGGGGCGGCCUAAGACUAUUGGAAAGCACGAGUGUUUAAUUACAAGAAGUAGAAAUAGUAGAAAUUAGGAAGUAGCAAUGAAAAUAAUUUUAGGUUGGAGUCAGCACACCACGAGGAACUGUAUUAAAGGGGUGCAGCACUGGAAGCUUGAGAAUCACUGGUACAAGUUUGGCUCAAACUAUCGGGCAUAGCUGGGGCACAUUUUACCAGUGAGAAUUUGAGGAGCCAUGGACAUCGAAGCAUACUUCGAAAGGAUUGGUUACAAGAACUCAGUGAAUAAGUUGGACUUGGCCACAUUAACUGAAGUUCUUCAACACCAGAUGCGAGCAGUUCCUUUUGAGAAUCUUAGUAUGCACUGUGGAGAAGCCAUGUGUCUGGGCUUAGAGGCCACUUUUGACCACAUAGUAAGGAAAAAGCGGGGUGGGUGGUGUCUCCAGGUUAAUCAUCUGCUGUACUGGGCUCUGACCAAAAUGGGUUUUGAAACCACAAUGUUGGGAGGAUAUGUUUACAUAACUCCAGUCAACAAAUAUAGCAGUGAAAUGGUCCACCUUCUAGUACAGGUGACCAUCAGUGACAGGAACUACAUUGUGGAUUCUGCCUAUGGAAGCUCCUACCAGAUGUGGGAGCCUCUGGAAUUAACGUCAGGGAAGAAUCAGCCUCAGGUGCCUGCCAUCUUUCGUUUGACAGAAGAGAAUGGAACCUGGUACUUGGACCAAAUCAGAAGAGAGCAGGAUGUUCCAAACCAAGAGUUUGUUAACUCGGACCUCCUUGAAAAGAGCAAAUAUCGAAAAAUCUAUUCCUUUACUCUUGAGCCCCGCACUAUCAAGGAUUUUGAAUAUGUGAAUACCUACCUUCAGACAUCGCCAGCCUCUGUGUUUGUAAGCACAUCGUUUUGUUCCUUGCAGACCUCAGAAGGGGUUUGCUGUUUAAUUGGUUCCACCCUUACAAGUAGGAGAUUCAAUUAUAAGGACAAUGUAGAUCUGGUUGAGUUUAAGAGUCUGACUGAGGAAGAAAUAGAAGACGUACUGAAAACCACAUUUGGCAUUUCUUUGGAGAAAAAGUUUGUGCCCAAACAUGGCGAACUCGUUUUUACUAUUUAGGGUAAAUUGCUCUCCAUUAUUAUCUCAGUCUUAAACAUUUUAAACAUAUGCAAAUACAUAUCCAUAACAGAAAUCACACAGCUCAAUAUUGAUCAACUAAUGACCUGUAUCUUCUAUUUCCUACAUUUUAUACAAAACAAAACCCAGUUGUCCUGUCAUCUCACCAACAAAAAUACCGCCAGUUAUAAUGACAUAAACCUGAUCAUGGAUGUAACGACAAUCCUCUCAACAUUAAUCAACAAAAAUUACUUAUCGAAGAGGUGGCAAUCUUGGGAGCCAUAUUCAUUUACAAACCUCCCAACAUCAUUUUAUGGUUGAACUCAGAUGAAAAAUGAAUGAAUAUGAAUGAUCAGAGAACAGCAGGAAGUAAAGUCAGGCAGACUAAAUCUGAGGUCCAAGGUUUACAAGAAACCACCUGUACAACUUAGGAUUAGAAUAAAGCAAAGAAGAAUGAGCCAUCAUUACAGGUCCAGGUAACUUUCCAGUCCUCAAAACAGAACUCACGCCAGUGGACCUGGGCUCUGGGAUUAGGUGCCAAGACAAUGACACGGCUCAGAAGGCUUAGAAUUUCUUCCAGAGAGAAUUUUGCAGACACAGUUCUUUUUGUAUCUGAUUUUUUUUAACUAUGAGAAUACUGGUAUUAAGUGCUUUAUACUUCAUGUAAUAAUCUUUAUAGCCUAUAAUAUAUGUUUCCUGGAAAAACACUAUUUGUAAGUAUAUUAAGUGUUAAAUAUAUUAAAAUAGCAUU